AUGCCCAAAAGUCAGAAAAAGCAAGCCGAAAAGCAAAACGACUUUAAAAAAUCUCGCCUUAAGCUGGGCAAGGGUAAAAAGCCUGCGAGCAACGCAGUCGACACAUCGUUCAAGGCGCAUUCAAUCGCACUCCCAACUCAGAGUAUCACCGUCGACAAGUCUCAAGCCGGCCCUAGCACGAAGAGGCGACAUACGAUUCAAGAUCUUCUAUCCUUACCUGAGAUUGAUGCCAUAGCUGGUCUUCGAGAGCUUUUACAAGCGCAUAGCGAUCUUAUGCUCUCCACGACCUCUUCUGUCAUUCCAGAGUGCUGCAGACUUGUGGCAGAUGAGGAUGCCUCUGUGAGAAAAGCCUCCAUCGAGUUCCUCGACUGGUACUUGAGCCGCCUUCCUAAUGCCUCGAUUAUCCCGCAUGCGGCGACCAUCAUGCUCUUUGCAACUUCGGCACAAACCCACAUCUUUCCGGAGAUUCGAAUCGACGCAAUCAAAUUCAUGACCGUGCUCCUAAGUGUAUGUCCAGAAAUGGUAAUCUCACGUGGGCCUAGUGGCCAUAGCCAACGGGUAUUGCACGGAUAUCUGUCUCUUUUGGUAGGAAAUGUGGGCGCAAAGGAUUCCAGUGCCACUCCUACAUCGACGACCAUACUCUCUGCACAAUCCAAACUUAUAGUCAUCACCUCUCUCGCGCUGUUUCUCGAAAAGUCCCGAGCUGUGCAAUACGAAGCAGGUAGCUUAUGGUUUCUGCGUAACUCGUUUCGGACACGGCAAUCCUAUAAUGCAUUUACAAGCCUGUUCUAUCCACUGCAUCACGAUUCUCGACAAAUUUCAGGUACACAACCAGAAGUCAUUCGCCGAGAAACAGAACCGUGGCUCACAUCGACAAGCUGGGAUUUGCAAGAAAUUCAAGACUCGAUUGGGGGGGUUGUACCAACUCAGUCGGAUCCGUCCAUUGAGAUGGAUCUGGAAGUUAUGAUUGAAGCAGAGCGAUCACUCCACCACGUCCUUAUCGAACUUUUCCUCGAGUACUCACCUGCUGCCUUCACCUCUUUUGACAAACCCGCCGCAAGUCUCGAACUCAGACUCAUACACUCCACUAUAAAGCUCGCUCACGCUCUAUAUGCGUCUCCAGCCUUGCUAGAGAAUACAACCUCUCCUCUAGCAGCUCAUCUUCAGGACAUACUUAUUCGUCUCUCGUUAUACCUUCCAAUUGCGAGAGAUGUCCCGAUACGGCAUUCCGAAAUCUCUGGAAUGCUUCUAGAGAUGAACAUCAUAUUCUCGAAGCUAUCAACCAUGUUAAUCCUGGCCUCACCCGCAACAGAGCUGCAGAGCAGCAUGACCCGACGAUCCCUCCACGACAAAUUCUUACCGCGACUAUUGUCUUGGGUACUACAGACCCUCAAAGGAGACGUGACAGUGGACAUGCCCAUGGGAUCUGCCAUACCAGAAAGCACACUCCAUGCUCUGCUGCCUACGCUAUGGAUCUCACUACAACCUAGCGAAAACCGCGAGGUUCCCAGUCCCGAGAGUGUACUUCGGAUAUUAGUGGACCAGGGCGCAAAGAGAAGGUUUAUCAAACGCCACACGAGCUUCAAUCAUCCGCAUUUUUAUCAUAAUUGCCAUGAACCAGAGUACCAAGGUGGCUUCAGAAUAGCACAUAACAACAAUAGUCGUGGCUUAAUCGAGCCCUCGGGGGUGAAACCGGCAAAAGCGCUCGACGUAGAGGAAGCCAUCCUGCAUAUUCCAAGGCUUCUGUGGAGUUGCGGCGCUGGAUCCCCACAGACUUCGCAGGCAAGUCAAGCGCUACUCUCCGGAUUAUUGAUCUGUGCACAACGCAGAGCUCUUGAUUGGUCUCCUUCCACUGUCUCCCAGCUAUCACAGAGACUGAUCCCGUACUUCAUGGUCAAUCAUCCAACCAAGGGCCCGAUCAUGGGCCCAUUCGCCAAGCUCAAUGGAAAUGCGGACUGUCUUCAAAUCCAGAAAUUGGCAUUGGACCUUGUGUUUGCUCUCGGACACUAUGGGUCGAACCACAGGAGGGUGGAUACCCCAUUAACGCAGCGAGACCCCAACCUAGAGCAUCUUUAUCGCAGCGUAUCCGAAGCGGUCAAAAAUACAGUGCACAAGACAUACUGGGAUAGUCUCCAAGUAUUCUAG